AGACGGCGUGACCGCCCACGAGGUCUGGGUGUCACUGGCUGAUGGUCGGGACUCGGGACCCCGGACCCACUGAGUGCUUUCUCCACUGCCUUCUCCGACUUCACCUCGCUAACUCGACAUCCGCUGUGCUGUGAGAAACGACAUAAUUAAACUGACCUCUCUGCAUCAACUUCGGGGGAAAAAGAGAAAAGCCUUUGCCUGUUGCUGCUGUCCCUGUGUUGAGAUGUGCAGGACGCCCGCACUGCCCAGCCCGUUCCCGGCCAGGCCUCUUCUCCGACUGACCACGUCUGAAGUGUCUGAGAACAUGAAGUGUUUAUAACCAUAGGUAAUGACGAGGCACAACCCUAACCCUGGAGAUGCCGAAGAGAAGAGACAUUCUUGCCAUCGUGUUGAUCGUGUUGCCGUGGACACUGCUCAUCACUGUCUGGCACCAGAACGCCAUUGCACCCCUGCUGGCCAUUCGCAAGGCUUGUCACCACCUAGUCAGAGACUUCUUUAUCAUUCCCGAGCGGCUAGCCAUCCACCGCCACCGCCUCGCAGAUGACGGUGCAGACGGACGCCGCGAGGCUGGCGCGGUGGGCGAUUCCAAGGAGUACUGCUCGCCGGACAAGGACAUCGUGGAGGUGGUGCGCACCGAGUACGUGUACACGCGGCCGCCGCCCUGGUCCGACGUGCUACCCACCAUCCACGUGAUCACGCCCACCUACAGCCGGCCGGUGCAGAAGGCAGAGUUGACGCGGCUGGCCAACACCUUCCUGCACGUGGCCAACCUGCACUGGAUCCUGGUGGAGGACUCGCAGCGCCGGACGCCGCUGGUGGCGCACCUGCUCCGAGAGACAGGCCUCAACUACACGCACCUCAAUGUGGAGACGCCGCGCAACUACAAGCUGCGGGGCGACACGCGGGACCCGCGCAUCCCCCGCGGAACCAUGCAGCGGAACCUGGCACUACGCUGGCUACGGGAGACCUUCAGCCCCAACAGCAGCCAACCGGGCAUCGUCUACUUCGCUGAUGACGACAACACCUACAGCCUGGAGCUGUUCGAGGAGAUGCGCUCCACGCGGAAGGUCUCGGUCUGGCCCGUGGCGUUUGUGGGCGGCCUACGCUACGAGUCGCCUAAGGUCAAUGCUGCUGGCAAGGUCUACGGAUGGAAGACCGUGUUUGACCCACACCGCCCGUUCGCCAUCGACAUGGCCGGCUUCGCCAUCAACCUGCGCCUCAUCCUCUUCAAGCCCCAGGCCUACUUCAAGCUGCGGGGAGUCAAGGGGGGUUACCAGGAGAGCAGCCUGCUCCGAGACCUGGUCACCCUCGACGACCUGGAGCCCAAGGCGGCCAAUUGCACUAAGAUUCUUGUUUGGCACACCAGGACUGAAAAGCCGGUGCUCGUUAACGAGGGCAAAAAGGGAUUCACAGACCCCAAUGUAGAGAUCUGACAUUCGCCAUCUCUAGCGAUGGUACCUGGCUUUGGUAAAGCUUUCAACAAACUAGAGAGCACUCACCUCAGACUCACCUCAGAAACACAAGGACGUGGACACCGGACAUAUCCAGUUGUCUUUGACCUAGACUAAACUAAUAACAGUACAAAUGUACAGUAUUUCAUUAAAGCACAGAGUAGAUGGCAAUAUUUAUCAGGUUUAAUGAACUACAAACAAACAAGCAAACAAACAAACACACACACACACAGAUUCUAGGUACCACACGAGGACAUGGAAGAGGAAAGGACCUUUUUUGGCACACCACCCCAACGAAAAAACUCCGCCUUCUGGCAGACAGCACAACGAUGAGGGCCCAGGGCGCUCCAUGUGGAUGAACUUUGAACUCUGACCUGUGUAGAGAAUAUGACUGAUCCCCAGCGAGUGGAAUGUGUUCUCGGGCGACUGUGCAGGGGACAUGUUGACGAAGACCGGGCCUACGUAAAGAACAAACAAACUUUCAACGUUGCUCUUUAGCAAAGCAAAAACUAAACAAACAGCAUCAAUAACGACGACAACAACAAACAUUUGCAUCACAACAAUGGCCAUUCUGAGGUGAAGAGAGAGAUUAUGGAGUUCUAGAACAAAUCAUCCGUUUAGAUUGUUUUUUUUCAUCCUGAAAACACUUAGAAGGGAAGAAGGUUUUAUGUUUUAGUUUGUUACAUAACUAUAUCUGCUUUUAACUGAAUGUUUCGUUGUUUACAAUCAUUGUCUUGCUGUUUCAGAACUACUGAUAUUUACAUCCAUCUCAAACUCCCGUUCCCUGAUGCGAUUUUUUUUUUUUUCAGUGUCCUAAAAAGCUUGUAAGAGUACUGAAGCACGCCCACUCAUAUCAAGUGAUAGAUCCCUGGAAGAACACUUUGAAAGAGAAGAACCUAACAUACUUCAGCAGCACUUAAAACUGUUACUCACCGUGUUCCUGUGUUGGGAACCCCUGUAAAUAGGAACUUUUUAAAAAAAGGAAACAAUCAUAGGCUUCAACAUGGAGUAACCUAAAAGAGCGAGCAAUGUAACUACUGUAUUUAUGUAACUGGUAGGGGGAACCGAGAAAUAACUAUGAAAACACAUUAAAUCAUUAAAUACAUACACAUGAAAUAUUCGACGGAACGCCUUGUAUACAUAACGAGCCAAACUCCCACCGUGUGGAGGGAGCCAUCCGUAAGGACGCAAGUGCAGCCAUAACGACCCCCUGGUUAAGCAUAGGCCAGAAGGUCAGAGGUCACUGUAGGAACCCCAGCACAUUGAGCACCGCAUCCUGUCACUGCACUUUGGCAUAGUCGUGAAAGGAAUGGCCAGCUCGAUCAUGCAGAGACUACAUUUAUGCUCAUUCGUUUAGCAGACGCUUUUAUCCGAAAUGACUUACAGUACUUGGUACAGAUGCAUAUUUACAUCAAAACAUAUGUGCUUUCCCUGGCUACCAAACACAUGGCCUUGGUGUUGUGUUAGCACCACGCUCUUACUCUAUCAGUCGAGUCAGACGGAGAGGCCUUCAAAAGCCAACUGCUCUUGUGAAUACUCAGUUGUGAAAUAUGUCGAACGUAAGCCAUGGGAUUUGCUUCGCACGUCUAUUCAUAGUCAUCUCCCUCAAGGAUGACGUGCGUACGCCAGGAGCUUACGACAAUAACACCAGUGUUAAUACGGCAUCUACUGGAUCUGCACGGGAUCUAAACACGGAGGGAGGGAGCCAGAUGGAGAGAGAUGGUCAUUUUCAGCCUUCACGUGGAUUCCACUAGGGGGCGCUCCAUGUGGGCACCUCCAGACAGGCUUCCAAAACAGUUCCACAUCCCUGUUCUGACCAGCGCAUAUCUUGGGCCAUGGCAGUGACCGGUUAUCCUCACGCAGAGUUAAUGAAGGUGUCGCAUGUGGAUGCUGAGGGUCAGGCAGUCAGUGUUUCCGUUGUGCCCCUGGCUGACCACCGAGACGUAGACGCUGACAUGAAAGCAAAGCUGUUUUCCUUGUUCAUGAUCAAUCCAGUGUAAGUUGAUCACCAAUAUGCUCAUAUACCAUGCAUUUCACACAGCAUUUGGUCUGGUUAGGUUUUUUUUUUCUUAGAUCCACAAGUUGUCUUAUGGCAGUUGAGCGUAGCCUGUUCAUCCAGUCAUUAAAAGGCCAUCUCUGCUUUGUCUGUGCCCAGGAUGCAGUACGUUCCUACGGGUAAAGGUCACCUCUGUAGUUCAUGUGGAAGUUAAUUUUGUUUGCUUGUAAGGGGCAUACCGUAUUAGUCACACAAGCACAAAGACAUGAGAGGUGUGUUCACUGACAUAUUGGGCCAAUUUUAACGGGGCAUUGGCAUAUUGAAGGUACUGAACUAUCACAAUGUUAAAAUAAGCAAUGUUUCGAUGUGUAACAUGUAAUUGGCCCCUGAUUCCUCUUAUGUAAGUUUGAAUGCACAAUUCCCAUCAGAUCUUUUAAAGUAGAGACGUGACGAAAACCCUCCACACCCAGCAGUGUCUAGAAGUCAGAGUUCCCACCUUCAGUUUUAUAAUUAGAGGAAAAGUUUUCACCCCAUUCUGCUGAAGCAACCCGCAAGGCAUUUUUCAAAGACCCUUGGCAUUACAGAUGCUCAGUGUGUGUAUGUGUGUGUGUGUGCUCCCGCUGCCUCUUGUUUGAGAGGCAAAUGAGUGAUGGAGGACGAGAGAAGAGAGUCGUAGGCAGGGAGAAAUACGCCAGGCGAUGGGCAAAGAGCUUUCUGCAACACUCUGUAAGAACACAUUUCUCUUCAUGUCUUCAGAAGGAAGCUUUUGAAACAUGCAUGGCAACUACAGUAUAUGUUCCUAACCUUUUGUAGAAAAAAUGUGUUGCAUUAAUGUUUCAGCUGGGAAGUUGAAAUGGUAGCCAUUGUAGGACUUCUUUCUGUCUUUUUAAGUUUCUUCAGCAGUCUCCCCCUCAUGAUGGAAAUGGUGCACAAUGUCAAAGGAAAGGAAUGAUAUAUACAUACCUAUAUAGGAAAGGAAUGAUAUAUAUAUAUAUACAUACCUAUAUAGGAAAGGAAUGAAUGAUAUAUACAUACCUAUAAAGGAAAGGAAUGAUAUAUACAUACCUAUAAAGGAAUGUAAUGAUAUAUACAUACCUAUAUAGGAAAGGGAUGAUAUAAACAAAGCACACCCGUUACCUCCUCUCUGCAUGAGUCCAUAAGCAUCUACAGAACGUUUUAGCAAAUAUGGCUUCCUUUCCACCCUCCAAACCCCUGUGUACGACUCCUGAAGACACUCCCUGGAUGGCUAAAAGAGGACCGACUGUAACAUUUAUUUUUCCCUUGCUGUUAAACUUGACAAUAUGGCUGCUCCUUGCAACUGAGUUUAGAUAUGAAUAGGGGAAAUUGGGUGUCCACUUCCAGAUUGCAGUGUGUUACUACUUGACGUAUUUGUUUUCAUCCAAGAGGAAGAUAAACAUGAAAUCAUCUUAAGUGUGAUUACAAAGCCAGUCAAUUGAGGCCAGGCCGAGCCCAUAGAAUCAUCUGAUGUGAGAAAGAUGGGACUCACACCAAGGCUUUGUGAAAAGGGUUUACCAACAUCACCACAUGAAUCACAUGCUCAAAAAUCCUGUCUUAUUGUCCUGUAGGUUCAAUGUCAACCCCACAGCCUCACCGGCACACACACACUCGCAGUCAAGCUGAGAGAUGUGAUCCGAUUGCAGACUGCGAUAUUCAACACUGGACACAGUGUUAAAUAUCUCACUGAACUCGGUGAUAUUCAACACUGGACACACCUCAUGUCUGGGUGUCCUCUCAAUCCAGAGUCCUCGCUAGCCACGUGUAUUUAUUCCACAUUAAUAUAUUUAUUUAUAUUAUUUAUUUUGCAUCCUCUUGGCUUCUCAGUGAUGCAUUCCUAUUCGUAUUGGCACGUGGUGUGUGCUCCCCUGCAAAUUGAUGAUAUUGGUUCAGCUCGUUUCAGCGCCAGCCAUCAAAAAUCAUCUCAAGUCUUUUU